CUUUAAUGCCAUUUAUUAUUUCAUGUUUGGUGGUAUUAUCGGAUACCAUUUGAAAGAUCAAAUUGGAGUAUUGCCCGGACAACCAAAUGUUAAUUUCAGGCAUUUUUCUGGGUAUAUCGACGUUGAUCCAAAUGCUGGAAGAAGUUAUUUCUAUUAUUUUGUUGAAGCCGAAAACGAUCCAUUGAAUCGACCCCUCACUGUUUGGUUAAAUGGAGGACCGGGUUGCAGUUCGGUUGGAGAUAGCUUUGUCGGUGCUGGUCCUUUCAUUACUACAAAUAAUGCUCGUGGCCUUAAGAGAAACCCCCAUGCUUGGAACAGAGUGUCAAAUAUGUUGUUUAUUGAUUCACCUGUUGGGUCUGGAUGGUCGUAUUCCAACACAUGGAGUGAUUAUCUUGCCGGAGAUUCUAGUACGAAUGAUGAUUUGGUUACAUUCAUACGGAAAUGGUUUGAAAGGUUCCCAAUUUUCAAAUAUAGAGAAUUAUAUCUCGGGGGAAUAGGUUACGCAGGACACUUCGUACCCAACUUGGCCAAGACUUUACUUCGAGAAAACAAUGAAACAAGGAAAUACGAGUUUAACGUCAAAGGAAUAGCAUUGAGUAAUCCGGUUCUUCGGCUUAAGUUAGAUCUUCUUGCGGAACACGAGUUAUAUGUGUCGAAAGGGAAGAGUCCUAAUAAAUUGUACCAACAAGUUUUGAAACACUGCAAUGGGAUCAAUGAAGACAAUUAUUCCGACGAUAUUAUCCCAUGGUCCAAAUUAUGCCAGCUGCCUAUGAGUAAAUCUUUAAUGGUUGCUUUUAAUGUAUCUUCACUUUCAGAAGCUAAGAAAAGACAAUUUGAUCUCCGUCGUACUCAGUGCGAUGGAAAAAUCGAAGAUCUUAACUCCGGAAAAGAGGUUACUAAAAUUGACGAUGGAGUCGAUAUGUGUCUUCCUUUAAGGACAGAUUUCUAUUUUAAUAUUCCAGAAGUUCAAAAAACUUUCCGCGGAAAUCGAACCAACUCGAGAUUUCAUUGGAAGGGCUGUUUCCAGCAGAGUGGCCUCAAUUACAGCAUAUUUGACAAGGAUAUGGACAUGCUUCCGACAUUGAAGGAAAUUCUCCUACAGUCUGUUCCUGUUACCAUAUUCAGUGGAGAUGAAGAUGGGAUAAUCCCGAUGACUGGAACCUUAAAACAUGUUAAGAAACUGGCCAAGGUUAUGAAGUUGAAUUUGACCAGAAAUGAAACUUGGCUUCAUGAGAAGGAGGAAGGAGGGUGGGUAUACUCGUACGAAAAUAAUCUAUUGACUUUCAUGUCAGUAAAAGGAGCUAAUCAUCACGUGCCGAUGUCUAAACCAUCUGAAGCCUUGUUUAUCUUUACUAAUUAUGUGAUCACUCCAUCAAUGUUAAUUGAAUAA